AUGACCGCUGGCAGUUUGGAUCAGAGUAAUUACCUAUUCUUUUGUAACCUUUUUCAUGCCGUGGUAAGUGAUUCGGUAGUAGUGAUGGCAACGAUAUUGGCAUUUUAAUGUUGCCGGAUGCUAUUUUAACAUAGUUUGGAAUACUUUACCUUUUCAGCACAUAUCCAAGGUGUUAGAUGUAGUCAUCUUCGUAUCUCUCAUCACCGUAACCUUCGUAUCAACAUCCCACUUUGACAUAGCUACAACACCGCCCAUGUUUAUAUUAGGUACGAUCGCAUUGAUCAUUGUACUUGCUCAUCUGUUUGGUAUCUUGUUGGAAAGUCACAACUUUAUGUAUCCUAUGGUGUUUAUGUCGGUGCGUAUGUUUUACCGUAAUAAGCGCAAAGUUUUUUAAAAUAAAACUUAUGGGUUUCGUAUAUAAAUAUUAUAUAACACAAACAUUUUGAUAUUGAUGUAAAAUGACUUUCUUCCAAAGUUUUCUUUCUCAGGGUAUCUUUACAAUGUGUUACAGGGUUGUGUUAUGGUAUUCGCCAUGGUGACACUGCUGAUAUUUGUUUUUAUGGGAUCAGCUACCAAUAUCUUCAAGAAAAUGCACGAAGAGCAAUGGCUACUGACCAUAUACUUGGAGUACAACCUUGACAUAAAUGAUUACAAAAGUAAGUUCACAUUGUGAUACUUAAAGGCGUUUGUUACCUAAAAUUACUGAAUUGUUGCCUCAUUUUACUGUUCAUAAAAACGUUUAAAGUAAUUGUAGAUAUAGCAAUACUUUUUCAGUCAUUCGAAUCUUGUGCUUUAUAAUACUGUUUGGAAUCAGCAUGGUGGUAGGCAUAACUACGUUCAUCUAUGUCAUAUACUACUUGUCUUUUGAUUGGGUUCGACUCAAAAACAGUACCAACAAGAGUUCGGACGCCAGCACCAGUUUGUUAGAAUCUCAAUUACUUUACAAGAAAAUAGCGGCUAAAUAA